AUGAGUAAAUUAGCUCAAUAUUUCGGAAGACCUUCUGUAUUCCACAGCCUGGUUUUUGGAUCGGCCGCAGGAGUUUUGUUUUACGGCGGAUAUAUCGGAUUGAGAGCCCUGAAGGUCAAAUUUUUCGACACCGACUACAUAGCUAAGCAAAGCAGGUGGCGUUACCUGGAAAAGCAGCAGCUGUACCAGCGGGAGCUGGCGCAGGAGAUGAACGCAAGUUACGUGGCAAGUCUUGCGGAAGAAUACGACCCGGUGGCGCUAAGACCGCCGGGAGCUCCCCUGUAA